AUGAUUGAUAAUCCAUUUUAAUUUGAGAAGGAUCCUAAAAAGUUUACUAAUUCUUUAGAAUAUGAUAGGAAUGCAAUAGAAGAAGAGGAUGAUUAAAAAUAGCAGACUAGAUUAACUUAACUUUAUAUUGGUAAAUCAGCUAGUAGAUAUGGUUUAUUGAGAAAAUUAGAAGAGUAGAGUAAAUUUAUUUUAUCUAGCUUAAGCUGAAAAAUUGGCAGUAGAAAGAGAUCUUGUAUUCUCUUAGGAUUUGAAAUCUAAAAGUUUUAAUGCAAAGCCAGAUCCAAUCUAAUGUCAUUUGAAACAAUUUAAUCCUAGAAUGCUUGAAAAAAAUUAUUAAGAUUCUUUAUAGAAAGCUUAUAAAAUAAGGAGUAUUUUGAAUGAGAAGAAAGAAACACUUUAAGAUUUUGUUGAAAAGAAAAGAGAGAUUUGUUUAACAAAUCUAAAUAUAUUAACAAAAAAAGAAGAAACAAAUAGACUUGAGGAUUUUAUAAAAAAUGAAUAGGAAUCUUUAAGAGCUAGAAAAUUAUACUUUAAAAAUGAUUGUGAAUUAGUAAAGAGAUUUAUGAGUGAAGUUAAAUCUUAAGCAGAUUAUGCUGCAAUUUUAGCUGACAAAGAAGUGAGAAGGAAAGAAGAAGUGAAAGUUGAAGUUGCUAGAAUAUUAGCAUAGAUUGAUAGAUUGAAAUUAUAGAAAAGUAAACUUUAAGAUGAAUAUGAUAAAUUAGAUAAAUAUAGAUAAUUUUUAGAGAAAAUCAAAGUAAUCAUUGAAUAAUAUGAUUUAGUAACAUUAUAAAACUAAAUUUUCAGAUUUAGAAAAAGAGAUUAUAUUACCAUAAACUACUACUAAUUCUAAAAGAACUUUAUUUUUGACUGGAGUUAAUGUUAUGGAAUCUGAAACAAGAUCAAAAGAACAAUUGGAGUAAUUGCAAUUUGAAUAUAAGUAAAAUAAGAUGGCUGAUACAGUGAUAGAGAUUUUGGAUGCAAUUGAGGAAGGAAAUUUAAGAAAUAUGUAGAAUUAAAGAGAUGCUGAAGAAGAAAUUGAAUAAAAAAAGAGAGAGGCUUAACAUUUAAGAGAGACAUUAGCAAUACAUCAGAAAGAAAAUGAAUAAAGAUUCAAAGUAUUAGAGAAACAAUAUGUUAUGCAUUAACAAUAUUAACAGGAAUUAAAAAAAUAAGAUAAAGUAGAUUAAAAUAAAUUAGAAUUUGCAGAAGGUGAAAAUUUAGAUAUGGAUAAGAUAGGAAAAAGAAUAAUAGAAAUCUAUACAGAUAUUUCUAAGAAAGAAUAAGAUCCUUUAAUUAAGAAAUUAGGGAUUGAUUCAAAAAUGCUUAAAUUUACAUUAAAUGUAAUUGAAUUAAUAUAUAAUGAUUAGUAAUUAGAAAAGAUUGUUUUAGAAUUAUCAGAAUAUAAAUUAUAAUUUCUAAUGAAAUCUAAAUAAGAUUUUAUAGAUGCAGAAAAAAAGAUUAAUUUAAAGAAAAAGUAAAAUAAUUUAUAUAAUAUUUAUAGAGAAUAAAGAUAAACUAAUUAAAAGGAUGAAGAAAAGAAAAAAUAAAUAAUGGAGAGAAGAAGAAAGAAAGAAGAAUAAAUGGCUAAUUUUUAUAGAGGAAGAAAGGAUAUGAGAAGAAAUUAUCCAGUUGAAAAAGUUGUUGUAGAAUAAGUUGUUGAAGAUAAUGAUGAAAAUGAUGAUGAAAAAUACUUAUAAGAGAGUUAUGAACUUGUUUAUGUACCAUCAUCAAAAGUUGAUAAUAUUUAAUCAUCAUAAUAAUUAUAAUAAUAAUAAUGA